GGCACUUCCCUUGAUCCAAGAUGGCGACCGAAGUGAGACAAAUGCUUUCGAGUGUGAGCGGCUCGUCGGCCUCGCUGGCAAAGUACAAAGAUAUCUUGGAGAAAACUCUUAGAUUUGACGAACCGAAGCUCACACGCGGAAUGAAAGUCUUCAUUGAAGCUGUUGCAUCCGAGAGUGUCAGCCUAGUGGUUUCACGUCAGAUCUUUACCGAACUAUGCAACCAACUGCCAAAAAUGGAGAUGCAGUCAUCACGGGACGUUUGUCACUUUAUUCUGGAGAAGCUACAGCCCAGAGUCAUAUCCUUUGAGGAGCAGGUGUCAGCGGUGCGUAAGCAUUUGUCUAGUAUAUACGAGCAAGCACAUCAGUGGCGAGAAGCAGCCAAGGUGUUAACAGGCAUCCCACUUGAAACUGGGCAAAGACAAUACUCUGUUGACUACAAGCUUGCGACAUACCUGAAGAUUGCUCAGCUGUACCUUGAGGAUGAUGACCCAAUACAAGCAGAGGCAUACAUCAACCGUGCCACUCUCCUACAUGCCGACACCAAGGACGAAAGCCUUCAAAUAUUAUAUAAGGUAUGCUAUGCUAGAGUGCUGGAUUAUCGGCGUAAAUUCAUAGAGGCUGCACAGCGUUAUAUAGACUUGUCAUUCAAGACCAAGAUUGAAGAGGGCGAAAGGAUAACCGCCCUGAAACACGCCCUCAUCUGCACGAUGCUUGCUUCGGCAGGUCAGCAGCGGUCGCGUAUGUUGGCAAACCUCUACAAAGACGAGCGAUGCCAGCACCUUCCAGCAUAUGGGAUACUUGAGAAAAUGUAUCUGGAUAGAAUAAUUCGAGGUCCUGAGUUACAAGAAUUCUCCACUAUGCUAAUGGAUCACCAGAAAGCCAAGACUGCAGACGGUUCAACAAUCCUUGAUCGUGCUGUGAUUGAACACAACCUUCUGUCGGCAAGCAAAUUAUACAACAAUAUCACCUUUGAGGAGCUUGGGGCUUUGCUAGAAAUCCCACCCCAAAAGGCGGAGCGCAUUGCCUCCCAGAUGAUAAGUGAGGGUCGUAUGCCAGGCUCAAUCGAUCAGGUCGAUUCAAUUGUACACUUUGAAGCCCAAGAUGCUUUGCCGUCUUGGGACAAACAGAUCCAAGGUCUGUGUGGCCAGGUGAAUACGAUUAUCGAGAAGAUCAACCACCACGCCCCGGAAUGGGCCGCCAAGUACACCGAAUCCCAGAUGCUCACUUAGACCUGGCAAGCGGAUAGCAGAGUAAUAUAUAGGGGGCAUCUCGUGGGGGCCGAAAACCUUAGACCUGGCAAGCAAUUCUUAAAGCUGUGAUAGAAUGCCUGGUUCUUCUCUUAGUUCGCCUUUUCAUCAUCGCCACUUCCAUCAUCAUCAUAGUGUUACAUCAAGCAUAGGAACACAAAACGAUUCAACAAAGUGCGCCGGGGCCCAGUUCUCUGUCUACCCUGGAGACCGAAGGCUCUUUAGUUUUACUCGUAAAUUGAUACACUAAGCCGACCGCCUCUCUUUUUAAGAGCCUUCGUCAGGCACACUUUUGUUUUGUUUUGUUUUCAACCCAUUUUGGAAGACAAAUUAUGAGAAGAGAACUCAAAAUCACCACCUAAAUAUGAAAUUGUUUUAUUUGCUGAGUUCAACCGAGAAAAUACCGCAACAGCUCCCCCAAAUUAGUCGAUGGAAAUGGAUGCUUCUCACACUUGGUACACUUGGUAGGAGGGUGGUAAAAUGAGGCCAACAGAGACUCCUUUGUCAUUCCUCGUUUUAAAGUUAUCUUUUGUUAUAGCUCUGUAAAAAAAAAAAGAAUAAAAAGUAAUAUUGUUUG